CCCCACCCCCAGAAAGAUGAAGAGGGUCCCGUCCCUCUUGAGAGAAUGUGACCGAUCUCCGCACCGCAGGACCUUCACCGUAGUGGCAAAUAAACACUGCAGUGAGAGACCAGAGUAGAGAGACGAUGACUGAAGAAGAAGAAGAAGUCCCAUGACACCUGCCAGUCUUCAGUGCGAAUGUCUCCUCCGUCGUGCUCGUUCGUCCGAUCUGGAAUUCUCUCGGAUGUGUGAUGUGAAUUCUCCUCCUUUUUUCCAUUCGGAUUGUGCUGUGCCUUGAGUUGUGAUCUGGUUAAGGAGGGAAACUGGAUGCUGCAUCUACGUCUACUUGUAAACGAUAGUGUCUGUGGGAGGAAUUAUUGCUAAAGUUUCAAGUUUGCUACAAAAGUAGAGAAGAUGAAGUGAUUGAUCAACAAUGGUAUUUAUGAUCAAUUUUUGGAAAUAUCUCGUUGAAAAGUGUCACAAAGACACUGUGAGGGAUCUUUGGAUGCAAAAGAGAAUAUUGUACAAGUAGAUGAUAGUUCUGUGAUGUAGCUUUAUGUAUGGAACUAUGUGAUGGUUUGGCUGAUGUGUUAUGGAUGGAUGUUGGUUUGCAUUCUGUGGUGGGUGCUCUUUGGUGAAGUCAGUGCCUCAUUUCCUGAUGACCUCCUGACCAUCACCGUCCUCAUGACCCUCCAGUAUUCUUUGAUGCUGCUGUUCAUCAUAUCAGCCGCUCACCUUUACCACACUGUCCUAUCUCAUCCUGUUCGGGGAAUUGUGUCUAUUGGUAGCUGGUUGACGUGAUUGUCUUUUCCGAGUUCUGAACAUCGAACACCAUUGUUCACUUUAGUAUGGUGGUGUCUAUGGCUGGUGUGUUAGUGGCCCUGGCAGUUGUGGCAGGCCAUGUGUGGAUAGUUUAUGUUUCAGCUCCACAUCUUUUGCCACCAGAUGCUUGGCUUAUCACAGCCCUGGACCUUUUAGCUCAUUGGGCAUUAGUUUGGGAAAUAACCGCUUUCUGCAGUUUCUUAAAUGAUGUUGAAAUAAAGGGUAGUGGUGGUGGAUUUGUUGCUGAACUUCAGAACAGUUGGAUAUAGACUUCACCUCAUUGUCCUUCAAGACUGUAAACUACAAAAUUUUAUGUUGAAAAAAGUUAAGAUGGGUAAAAUUGGAAACCCGGAAAACAUUUUGGUGUGGGUGGUGCUGUGUGUGCAUAAAUUGUAAUCAUAAGCCUCUUGUUGGUUCUGGUAAUUGCAGAAUUUCAGGAAUGGCAGAAACAAAGCUUGCAUCUCAGGAAAGCUUGAAUGGAUCAAAAGAAAUGCACUCAUUAGAAAUGAAUUUGGAUCCAGGUCCUCCAGACUCUGAUUCUGUCACCUUUGGGAGUUUUAAUGACUCACAAGGUGGCUUCUAUGCCAGGAGGGCCAGUGAGAGUCGAGUUAAUCAUUCGGUUCAGGAAUCCAGGUCAUCCACUCCUACCUCAGGAACAGAUUAUCAGUCUUGUAGCAAUCCAUCCACGCCUGAAAAAUCUCGGUCAUCUGAAAAACUUGAUCCACCAACUGCUACUUCGGAAGCAGUCUCUAAUGUGAAGAUGAGUGCCAAUAUUGCUAAUAAACUUAGUCAGAUGCGGGUCUCAAUGGAAAACUUGGAUGACUUGUCACAGAGUAGUUUUGAGGAAGUAGACUCACUUGAAACUCAAAAUUGUGCGCGCCAUCGUGAUUCUUUUUCGGGAGGUGGCUCCCCUCUGGCAUCACGGAAGCAGUCUCUGAAGGCGACGCUUCGUCAAGUUUUCCCAUAUGUUUCCUGCCUCCCUUUUGAAAACAACAUAGUAUUUUGUUUUGUUUUAUCAGUAUGGGAUAAUAUUGUUGGCCCCCAAACAGUGUAUGUGUGGAAAAGAAAGUCAUUUCCCUCUCAGAAAACAUUUGAUGGCCUUCUAGAUGAAAGUGAGGGAAUAGAAAUAGCUGAGGAAAGUGUAGAACUAGAGAAGGCUAGAAUGCGUUUGAAACGGAUGUCCAAGCAGUUGGAAGGACAAGAGUCAGCCUCUAGUUCUGGGAAAGAAAAUAGUAAGCAUGACCAGAAAAGUCAUUCAAAAUACAAGCCCCGUAGAAUGAGUGGUUCAUCUAGUCAUUCAGAAAAUCACUCUCCCUCUCAUUCUGAAAAAACUUCUGGUCCUGCAGGGACAAAAACAUCUGCUAGCAGGAGAGAGCAGUUUUUCUUGCGUAGUAAGCCUAGAACUUCAACCCCAGAAAUGAAAAUAGAAAGUGGAAGCUUUAGCAACUCCAACAAUGAUUGUGUUGGAUCUAGAGUAUCUGUAUCACCUGGGGAUGAGGUUGGUUUUGGAAACAGAACCCCCCCGCAAGCGUCUGGCUUUGUGGAGGAAGAAAGCAUAGACUGUAAAAAAUCCAAAGCUCCAUCUCUAGUGAAUUUCGAGACUACAUCUGUAGACAGCACCAGUUUGUACGAUUCUGAUGGCCAAGAAUUAACUGGAAGUUGGGCGUGUGGUCGUAGCCGGUUGCGAAUGGCAACAGUUGUACGGUAUGUGACGGAACACAGUGUUGCUGUGGGUCAAGUUGGCCUGGCCUCGGAAAAAAUCACAUCGUCGCUUCUGGUGGUCCCUCAUCAGGGCAUUAUUAUUGUAGCAGCUCGAUUCACCGUUGUGGAAGAUGAUUGUGCUGUACCUUACUGCUUGUCAAUGGUUGUCCCGUUAGAAGAAUAUGAUUACUUCCUUCCCCUCACUCAGCCAGUUACUACUUGGCUUAUUACAAUUGCUGCUUCUACCAGAUUGCUCAUAACAAAGCAUGGCCUUGAGGGUGGAGGUCGUGUGAAGAGCAAGCUGGUCGAGCUCUGUGAUGUUUUAGUGGCCUUACGCAGUGCUAGUCUGGAUCAGUACCCACUCACCCCUGCUGGCCGGCCUCCAGAUGACCGACGAUUAGCUGAAAUCAUCCUCACCUCUCAUCUUCAAACUUUAGGCUCAACAGUGGUUGUUGCUGAUUCUCCAAAUGCAGCUAACAAGGUGGUCAUGUGGAUUGCUCAGUUUUCUGAUCCUGCAGACCUGCAUAUUUCUCGACUUUGCUUAUCAUAUACUCAGUGGCCAUUCCAUCCAGGAUUAUCCAUCCAGGGUAUUGUAAGAAGUGCUAAUGGUGAAGUCAAUUUGACGGCUCAAAAGUUAAUCCAGUCUUCCCGUCCACUGACUGUGGUAGACAUUAAUCGGGGCACGGUCAAACAAACUGGUGCCCCUGACGUUCAUGCUCGUCGCAAUUCCUCUGCCUUACACCAAGAACUUCUUUCCCUCUGGCAUGAUCUGCCAGAUGUAUCCGCUCCCUCAGAAAGUCUGCUGGAGCCUGUGCGAGGAGCAUCAUCCUUGGUGAAGAAGUUUUUGCAGGAUUAUGAUCGUCUAAGCUCCUGUGAUAAUUCUGUUCGUCAGACUUUUAUUCAAGCCUUCCUGCGGUCUCUUCAGUACACAGCACUAGCUAUAAUCACUUGGACUCAGCAAGAAUGGGCAAUCCAGCGAAAACGUUCUGGUUAUGGGUCAUUAAGGCGAGCUCUCUGCUCUAUUUUUGAUUUAGACGAGUGUGAUCUGCGAAUCCUUCUGGCACAGGCAGAGCUCUUACAGCCUGGAUUUUAUACGUACGUCAUGAUGUAGAUGGUUCUCCAUUGAAAGAGUGGUCAAGAGUCCGUAAUGUUAAAUGCAACAAAAAUUGAGAAUGGAAAAGUUUCCUUUUGUUAUUUGUUUUUGGAUAUAAAUUUUUACUCGUGCAAUUUUUCUGAGAAAGUAUGAACUGGAUUUUUAUGCUUUUGGAUGCUAUCUUUUAGGAUUUGCUUGCCAUGCUCAAAAGUUUAUAAAGCAAUUCUAAAACUAGUUUAUGCAAUAUUAGAUUUAAGUAGAUAGUAAGGACAGAAAUUUGGCCUGAACUCUCUAAGUCAGCAAAAUGGCGUUUGAAUUAAACGGUGGCAUGUUAGUGUUAAGUUUUGAAUUUAAAGAGAGCUCUAUUUCUUUAGUUUUUCUAGUUGUUAUUAGUAGAUUGUCAUCCUUUCAAAAGCAUUUUUACUGCAAUUGACAAAUUUUAUUUACUUUCUAGGGUAGGUCAUCACUCAUUUUAGAGAGAUUCAUUUUAAUGAAGCCACGUUGAACCUGAUGGUAGUUUUGUAAGUGGAGUUGUAGCCAAGGUCAUCUUUUAGUGUGCAGAGCAGAAACAAACUUUACCAAAGAAGUAAAUUAAUGGAUAGUUUCCUUGUUUGCUCUGCCAUAGCUUUCUUGGUACGAAAUGUAGUUCCUUUGUGUAUACACACGGUUUUUUCACUAGCUUGUUUUAAUGCUUAAUUCUGUUGAGGAAAUUGCACUUUCUAAGACAUUCCUUCCAUUGCAGGCAUGCAUAUAUACUUUACUGUACGAGUAGGUUUUUACAAUUACUCUUUUUACACUUGCUGAUGAGAAUUUAAUUUUAUAUGUAGAAUAUAUAUAUAUGAAAUGUUUAAAGACAGUCCUCUUUGUUUACAGAGUGUAGGGCACUCAUGGUCCAUAGAAAGUGUGCUGUGUGAAUCUAGAUUUUUACUUGAAAAUUUCACAGUAAAAAAAUAAGCUGCAAUAUUUGCUAAAGGUCACAGUAUGGUAAAAAUAUUUAGAAUUAAGAUACUUUUGGUGUAGUGUACACUAUUUUGCUGAAGAAAAUCACUCUCUACAUUCACCAGGAGUAGCGCAUGCAUUUAAUUGUGGCUUGGAGAUUUUAUUAGUUUUAUGAUAAAGUUGGCUAUAAGAUGUUGAUUUAGUUAAGGUAGAUUUAAUUGCUUAAAAAAGAUUUUAAUUAGGGACCUAACUAGCAUAUAAUUUAAAAACUUGAUAUAGUAAUAUGAGAAUUCGAAAAGAAAACUAAUAUUUUUUUUUAUUAUUUUUCCUUGUUCCUAAUAGUAUGUGCAAAUGCUUAGUAGUACUUUCACUUUUGAUGCUUGACCAUUAAUUUCUUCUUAUGAGCUGAUGAUUGAGGUCUUGAUCAAAGACUACAAGAAUGAGCUGCAAGCACGGCCAGCCAGACCUUGACAAGUAUGCCAAGGUGGAUUGAUGUUCAGCAUAAACAAAUAACAUUAGGGUCGACACAACAUGAAACAACGCUGCCCAAAAUUCACCAGCACCAAAAGCAAUUCAUUAUAAUGUCACUGUUUAUAAGUUAUCAGUGUAAGUCACAGAUUCACUGGUUAUCAAACAGAACAAGUGAAAACAUGCUCUAAGUACAGUGGAACCCCCUCCCCCACCCCCGCAUUGGCAUUCGCGUUCUCCCAAUUCACUGACUCCAGGAUUUCUCCCAUUAUUCGCAGGAAAUUUGCUAGUUUUCUAUGAGAAAUAUCCACAAAUUCCUAGUUUUUAUUUUUUUUAUGUAUUUAUUUUUUUUUUUUUUUUCAUCAUAAAAUGCGCUUUUUGUGAUAAAACUAUUAAAAAACCAGGUAUAAAAAAUUCUAGUGGGUUUUUCUUGAGUUUUACCUACCAAAAUAGGCUGUUUUCAGCAUUUUUAUAGGGGUUCCAACUAUUUGCGGAUUCUAAACUUUCACGGGGGGGGGGUUUCAGAUACGCAUCCCCCGCGAAUACGGGGGACCACUGUAACCCAGUUUUAUUUAAUUAGGGCUUUCUUGAGUACAAUGUUAAAUAUAUUGUAAUAAGUGAAGAACUAGUAUACCAAAAGUGAAAAAGUAAUGGCUCAGACUCUCCUAAGAAACAAAGUUGAAGUUAUUCUCCCAAGAAUAUGCGAAAAGGAUGCAAAUGGAUUAAAUGUGGAAUCGGUAACCUUGCAAGAGGAGAGUAUCACAAGACGACAACCAAACUCUCAUUAAUAAAGAAAACAUGGUGACUAUUUCAAACAAGGCAAUGAACUGAAUGAACAAAUGAAAAAUUAGGAAAAUAGAUCCAAGCUUGGAAAUAGGGCAUGUGAAUUCCACUGUGCACAUCAGUAUAAUCCAUAAAGGUGUUCUUUUCCAUUUACUACAGAGUUAGAUGUGAAAGGAAUUUUAUCCAUUGAGACACUGUGCUCUUUUGUAAUUAAUGAUUAUCCUGUCAGGUCUUAAUCUGUGCCCUAUUUCCAUGAUUUCCUCGGCUUUCCUAUGGGUCCUUCAUCCAGCUAAUUUCAGGUUGACUGCCUCUCUGGCUAUCAGUUCCUCAUCCUAUCACCUCGUAUAUCUAAACCGUGUCAGUCCUUGAAAUGUUUUUUUCUUGCAACUCAAUAACAUAUUGCUUCACAAUUUCCCAGUUCAUAAUGUAAAAAUCUCUGCUUUCUGUCGGUGACCAUGUUUCUGCUUCAUAGACUAGUACAGACUAGAUACACAUUCUUUCUGAUCUCUUUCAAUGGGAUAUUUCCACUAAUCUAGCUGUCUUAGGUAAUGUAAAAAAUGUGGAGGUCUUUCAUUGUAAUGAUAUUUGUCCCUACAAAACCUGGCAAAAAAUUGUCUGUUGGCUAAAUUUUCAUAUUACAAUUACGUACGUAUUUAGUUUUCUUCGUCUUCCUUUCAACUUGCUGUGUUGAAAUAGCAGCUACUAUUUAUAUUAGGCUCAGAGGUGUAGAUAAACUAAUCCUUUAUAAAAUAAUAUUUUUAUCCCAUUAAAUUUUGUACAGUAUUUCUUUUUAGCCUUCCCCAUUGAAAUACUCUGUUAAGAUACCAUUGUGUUUUGUUAUUCCCAUCUGUAAUGAUGAUGCUGUUUGAUGUAUUUUAGUUUUUUCUUCUGUGGUUUGGACAAGAUUCUCUUAAAAAUUUCUCUAACCUCAUUGAAAUUUCAGAUACUGAAAGCAUUCCACAAGCUGUAAAACGGGAGCAUUUUUGUCAUUUGCGAUUCCUCUUAAUACUUAAUUGCAUGUGUACCUGAUCAGUAACCAAAGUAGAGUUGUCAGUUUUUUGGGAGCAUUUAUGUCAUUUGCGAUUCCUCUUAAUGCUUAAUUGCAUGUGUACCUGAUCAGUAACCAAAAUAGAGUUGUCAGUUUUUUGGCAUGUUCGGGAUACCAUGUACAUCAUGUAAUCCAGUGAAUAUUAAAAGGUUAGGUUAAUUUUUGCAGUGGUAAAAUUAAUAUUAGGUUCUUUACCAGAGUAAUUGGUUUGGGAGAGGCUGCUGUAAAUCAGGCUUUCAACAAUCUGGUUCAGUAUCCCUAGUAUAGUUAUGAACUUUUCUUGUAGGAGAAUAAAAACUUAUUUUUGCCUCCAUCAUUACCCAAAAUCCAGAGUUUUGCUUGAAAAAGGCUUGAACCAACUACCUGGAUAGGUCCAGGCCUAUAUCCAUUUAUAAUUUCUUUGACUGCUCGAUGUGGGGUAUGUUGUACGUAUUUGAUUUGUAAUGAGUUUUUAAAUCUCUCUACUUUUUCUUGCAUUUUUCCUCCUACCAUACAUGUACCAAAAAGAGAGUAAUUAGUAAUUUACAAAAUAUCAGGCCCAAAAGUACUCAUAGAAAUUGUUUAUAAAUACUUGUGUAUAGAUGUGAUGUCAUUCCUUUGGAAAUUUCUCCUCUUGCAUUUGUUAGCUUCUUACAGCUAGCUGUUUGCUGUUUGCAACUGAAGCUUUCUUUGUCCCACAGCUCAUUUAUGAAGAAAUAUUGCUGGCCAGCCAUAGCUAUCUAGACAAAUACUGUAUGCAGUUGUAUAGUUCAACUACUGUACUGCUGUAAUAAUUGGAAUGGAUUAUUUUGAAGUACUUUUGACUUUGGAAAAUUCAUUCACUGUGAUGUAUGGUCAUGUAGCAUGAGUAGUGUGUUUACACAAGUCUUUUCCCAAAUUUAGUUUUUUUAUCCAGUGUAAAAUUUGCAUUGUUGGAAGAGUUUGUAGUCUUUACUGCAGCCUUCUUUUAAAGACAAAUUGAAAUUUGGAAUGUGUACAUAGAGUGUGAUGUAUUUUUGUAGACUUUUGCUUAUGUAUCAUGUUUAGGUUGUUAUAAAGUAUGUAGUCACUCCUUGUUGGUAGUGGCAGUGUAAGAGAGGUUUCAGUACAGUUACCAUAUUAUGAACCAUUUCACCGUAGUAGUGCAUGGUGUUAAAACAAUCUUGGCACAAGUAGUCAUUAAAACUAACUUGCAUCUUUUUUUGGGUCAGCUGCUUUCCCUUUUUCUCUUGAACUUAAAAAAAAAAAAUUCUUACUGUCCCAAUAACUAGCAUAUCAUAGGCAAGUUUUGACCUUUUAGUGCAGCUUUUCCAUAACAUGAUUGCUUAGUUGCUUUACCUGCAAACUUUCAGAUAUGCAACGUUGUCUUGUAUUAGGAUUUGGAUUAAUGUUGGCGACAUUUGGCUUUUCUUAAAUAUGCACCAGCCUAUUCUAUGAUUUUGCCUCCAUUAUGCAACUGAAUUGUAUAAGCAUUGUUACUGUAAAAGGGAUCGUGUAAAAUGAGCAAUUUCAUCUUGUUAUAAAGUUAUGGGCAUAAGUUGAGAGCUUACCAUCAAGAGAUGUUAACUAAGGGAGUAAAAACUUAUUUGCUCUUACAAGUAAAAAUAAUUUCUUUUAACAGUAAAUGUCUGCUUCAUGAUCAUCAAAUAAGAAUGUCAAAAAAGUGUAUCCUUGUGGAAAUGAAUACAAAUUGUAUUUGGUUAUAUCUGACCUGGUAAAUGUUUUCAGAUCUUCCUUGGAGAGGGUUUUAGCAUAAAGGUAAUCUCAUUUCAUUAGACCUUUUUCCUGUCAUGUUUUCCUGCAUAUUUUAUUGUCUUUUACAUGAGCUUUAAAUAUUCUUUACAUUACUUCAUCUUUUCUAAUUGUUAAGUUUGAUAAGAAUUUUAUUUUUUCUCGUAUGUAGUGUAAACAUUCAAAAUUUAAUGCUGUAGUGAGCAUUGUAGUUUUUUUCACUGAAGGAACACUAGAUAUCUUUUGAGAACUUAUUUUUUCAAAAUUUUAAAAAUCUUAGGUCCCUUCACACUGUAUUUCAGUACAUUUCUCAAUAUAAGAUAUAAAUAGGAUAGGUGUUGCAAAAUAUUACUUAGAAGAAUUGUAAAGUUUAGCAACAUUAAAUUUGUAAAGAAUUUUAGUGCCAAUUUGGUGUAUUCGUAUUCAGUACAAUAUUUAUGUCUACCAAAGAUUUUAAUUAUAAAAAUGUAGAUCUCUUCAUUACUGCAGAUAUCUAUUUGCAUGUAGUCAUUACUACUACAGGUUAUUAUCUUAAGGUAGUUUAACCAGGUAUUGGUAAUUUUAUUGGCUUUCAAUUGGGUUUGGGUCUUGAUUUUCUAUUGAUCAUACAAAUGACUAUAUUUUCCCUUUACAUACAACAAGUUUUUUUAGUAGUACAGUUCUAGAUUCAGUUUCAAAAUUAACUUUGGAAAGAAUUUGACAAAUUAUAGCUCCUGUCUAUUUUGAGCCUUGCCAAAUCUUGUGACAGCUCUAGUUAUGGUUUUAACACUGUUGAUAGGUUUUCCAACCAAUAGUUUUUUUUCUAAUCUCGAAAGAUGGGUAUGAAAGGUUCCACACUUGCUUGUUUAAAUGUGAUACAGGUGAACAGAGUAGACUGUAAUAUGAAUACAAAGAUGACAUUGCUUCUUGAAAAUGUAAAGUAUGUGGCUAAAUGUUUUACAAUUUAAGAGAUCAAGGAGGAUCAACCUUUAUUUCAUCUUGACUUCAAUAUUGCAGGGUUUCAGGGUUCCCAUUAUUUUGUGUGUCAGCAUGAUUUUAAAAGCACUUUCAACUUUUGUCUGUGAAAUAUAUAUGCAUAAAACAGUGCCACAUUGAAAGCUACCGUAUUGUUCUUUACGCAAAGUACUGCACACUGCUAUGUGGGAAGCAAUGCAGAAACUCCAGUUUUGUUAUCACAUAGGUGGAAUCACGAUGUUAUUACGACGUGUUUGAUGUCUUUUCAUGAAUGCUAAUUCAUUUAAGUUUCCUCCUUACCUUGACCUGUUUCAAACUUUCAGUAUGUAUCUAGUUUUAGAAAUUAGGCAUUGGCUAUGACUUCAUAAAGGGUAUUAAACCUUGAAGUACACAAGUUGUAUAAUGAAAUUAAUAAAUUCUAGAUUACAUGAAUAGCAGAUAGUUAUCAUGGCAAAUUAAAUACCCAACAAGGUGUUAAUUCAUGUUCAGUAUUUCCUCAUUGCUUUGUAAUUAGCAUUACACUAUUUUAAUUAAAAUUUUUAUAUGCAUAGCUGUUGUUUUGAUGAUGAAGAAUGGAAGUAAUUGAAAUAGUUUAGAUACAGCCUGGCGCACUUAUGUUUCGAGGGAUCUACUGAAGUUAGUGGUUGGUUGUGCAAUGAAAGUAGUGUGUUCUUGAGCAAAUUAGUAUUUGCUUGCAAGUUACAUGUGCAGUUUGAAAAGUCAUGAAUAGUUUUGUAACAUCAGGGUCAUUUCUGUUACACAGUUUUGCUAUUUUUUUGUUUAUUUUCAUCAAUUUUAUAUUGACAUCACAUUCGUUGUAAGAGGAAGUAAGCUAGAUUAAUUCUGCUUUGUCAAAAUCUUUUAGAGCCUGUUCAUUUUUUAAAAAUUUCAUAUAUAUCAACCUGUGGUGCACAUUUUUUCAUUUUGUGAUCAAAUUUCUUUAUAAAACAGUAGAAAUUGAGAACUGUAAGUAACUCCUAUAUUACGUUAAAAAAAUAAAGCUUGUUUGGAUGAUAUUUUAACAUUCAGCGUGAGUUAUUGCUUGCAACCCAGAUUAUAAAUGAGCGUCCUAAUUUCAUUUAGAAUUAGUUUUGUUGAAAAAUUUUUUCCUGGCCCUGAUAUGACCCAAACUGAACUGAACUUGCUUCUGGGCUAUGAGAGAUUAUCCCCAUGUUUGUUAUAGGGUGGUUAUCUCUUACCAGAUAACACUCCUGGCUUGUCCCACAGCAGUAAUAAUGCCCUAGUUGUAAUUUCUUCUUAUCACCAUUGAAACUUUGUUGGUAAAAGCAGUCCGCUACAGAACUUAAACUCAGCUUACCUAGAUAUGACAUAUCAACCCCUACUGCUCUCUCAAAUACUGCCUAACAAAUAGUUGCAAGCUGUGUAAUACUUCACGUCCUCUAUUUUAUCUUGUGUAGAAAAAGAUUAAUUGCAGUUUUGAAUCUCUCAUUUUUAUUGGUUCUCUUUACUGUCAUUGGGAUACUAACUGCAAAAGGAUCCCAUGGCAAGUAGCAGAGGAAUCCUUAAUUCCAGUGAAUCCUGACACUAUGAAGGUGCAUGCAGAUUUUUUAAUAAGUGGGCAAAUAUUCUGUGAUUAUAUGCCUUACAUCCACUGUGAAGUUCUGCCCGUUGAGCUUUUGAAUAUUUUUUUUAAUUGUAGGAUUUAAAUAGCAUAAUCAUCUGCAUUGUUCUAUGGCUUGUAACUGCAGUUUGAUGGCAUUCUUGUUUAUCUCUUGAGAAAUAAAAAGUUGUUAUUGUA